AUGGAAAAUAUGACAAAAGAAAUUUCUGAGCUUCUUCAACAAAUUCGACAUGUCGAAAAUGAACAUAAUCAAUUAGUUGACGAAUAUUUUAAAAUGAAAGAUAAUAUGAAGCAAGCUUUAACAGAUUUAAACAAUGAUCCAUCAUCAAAUAAUUUAAAUAUGUAUAAUUAUUAUGUAACUACAUGUGAAACAAUAAUGAAAAAUAUUCGUUUAAAACGAUUAUCAUUAACAAAUUUAAUAUGUACUUUACACGAACAUGGAAUUUAUUUAGAUGAUGAAAAUGAAAGUGAUAAUGAUAUAAAUAGUAGUACAGAUGAAGGUAUUGAUGAACAUUCAUUAAGUUUCAUUGAUCAUAGUUCGAAAUUAUCGAGUCUUAAUAACAGUGAAGAUAAUAAUAAUAAUGAUGGAAUAUUUGAUGAUAAUCUUCUUUGA